AUGUUGAUAUCCAUACCGGAAGACAUCCAGGUCCAGCCGCCGUCCAUCAAACGCGCAGCAACAGACAACUUGAGUGUCAAGAUCAAACGCGAACGCGAUGAAGACUACCCCAGCAUUGCAUCGGCUAUUCGACCAAAGAAACACCGUCGCACCGUCAGCGAGCAAAUCGUGCCACCCUCAAAUCUCAAAGACUCAACCUCCGUUCCAUCACCGUUAUCCAUCCUCAGCCCACGCAGUCCAGCACCAGAGCGCGUAAAUCGUGCAUUAACAGAUCGAAUUCAACACCUCAAAGACGAAAACGCCGGUCUUAAAGCGUCGAAUACCAGCCUAGAGACCGAAAAGACCGACCUCCAAAAGCGUAUGGAAAAAGAAUCCCACGCCUACCGCGGACUACAAAUCGAAUCCGACGCGCUAAAGAAGGAAUCUGAGAACAUGAGAAAAGAGAUGAUGGCCAUGAAAGAGCGAUUGGAAUCUGUCGAAACAUCAGGCGAAAAGAUGCGGGUGGAAGUAGACCGGCUAACAGCUGUGGAAGAAGCAAGCAAAGAACUACGCAAAGAACUAAGAAACGAAGUCGAAAAACUGAGAGGACGGGUCGAGAGGAGCGAGAAAGAGGCCGAGAAUGCAAAAGAAGAGCUUUUGGCUGUGAGGAGAGGGUUGACGAAAGAGCUGGGCGAGGCGGUCAAGAAGUGGGGUGCGUAA